UCUCUCUCUCUCUCUCUCUCUCUCUCUCUCUGUCUCUCUGUGGCAUCAUCUUCUCCUUUCGUUCCUCUCAUUUCUCUCAUCUUCUCCUCCAAUUCCUACACAUCAUAUUCUCACCCUCCUUCCCUCUUCCCCCUCUGUCUCUAUUUCUUUUAUAUCUCAAAGUACACUCCUUGCUAUCCUACCACCUAUCGUCUCCCUCAUAUCUAUAUAUAUAUAUAUAAGCCAGUACAAUCAAGAAAGCUAGCAGGCAUAUAGUUCUUCAGAUUUUUGUGGUUUCUGAAGAGAUCUAACCACACCCUCUUCUCGUGCCGUGGAGGAAAGAAAAGUUGUCGCGAGUUUUUGGAAUAGUGGUUUCGAGAUUAGGGUUUCUGAUCUGCUGUUCCUAGGUUUUUCUUGUUCGGAUCAUCCUCGAUCCUCUCGUGUAAGAGCUUUAGCUUGAGCUGGAGAGGACUUUGAUCAGAUGUGCACCAGAGGCCACUGGCGGCCCGCCGAAGAUGAGAAGCUCCGCGAGCUGGUGGAACGGUACGGACCCCAUAACUGGAACGCCAUCGCCGAGAAGCUCCAAGGGAGAUCAGGGAAGAGUUGUAGGUUGAGGUGGUUCAAUCAGCUGGAUCCAAGAAUCAAUCGAAGCCCGUUCACAGAAGAGGAAGAAGAAAAGCUUCUGGCUUCCCAUCGUCUCCACGGCAACAGAUGGUCUGUCAUCGCAAGGCUAUUCCCCGGUCGGACCGAUAAUGCGGUCAAGAAUCACUGGCACGUGAUCAUGGCAAGGCGGAGUCGAGAGAGGUCGAGGCUCUAUGCUAAGAGAGCUGCCCAGACUCUGAUGGAGGAAAGGACGAAAUAUUCUUCGCCGUCCUUGGCUAAUAAAGAACAAGACAUGCAGAUGAUGAACGCUAGUGCUACAGCAAAUUACCAGCUCGCUUCUUCGUUUGUCGACAGCUUCCCUGGUUUAGGCCAGUGUGCUUUCGCUCAUGCCGGUCUUCCAUUGAUCAAACAACUCCACUCCAACCAUCAGAUUACUCCUAACAUUCCUCUUCGUGAAGAUAAACUUCAGCCAACUGAGUUUUAUGAUUUUCUCCAAGUAAAUACCGACUCUAACAAAAGCGAGGUCAUUGAUGUCGUCCAUGCAAGAAGAGACGAUGAAGAGGUUGAUCAAGAAGCGGCUAACGACAGUGCAGAUAAUCAAGCCAAGGGUGGUAGUGCUCCGUUCUUUGAUUUCUUAUCGGUCGGAAGCUCUUCUUAGCCCGGGUAUUUCGCAAAAGACAGCAUGCGCAAAUUACCCGUCGACUAAUUAAGAAUGGCUUCGUAGAGCCUCGAUACUACAUAGAUCGCGCCGGCCACUUCGAUAUUGAUAGGGAUACGUCCUUAUAAUUAUGCGAAGAGAUAUAUGAAUAUAUAGCUCUAGCUAGAAAAAAAGGCAUUGUGUACUUCUUUAGAAACCAGAACAUAGACUGAGCUACAUGUUAGUGUAAAACAAUACACACAUUGGAGAAAAAGCAGGAAUUUUCACAAUUCAGCAUCUCCAAAUUAUAGUAUCUUGCGUAUGUUUUGGAUUUUGCA